AUGGUCACUGUGAAAACUGUCUUGUCCUUGGCUGCUAUGCAUGGUUGGAGGUUGCGUCAGCUGGAUGUGUUUAAUGCAUUACUCCGGGGUGAUCUUGUGGAAGUUGUUUACAUGGUUCUACCUCCUGGUCUUCUGGGACAUGGGGAGUGGAGCACAGAUGGAAUACUAGUAUGUCAAAGGAAGUUUGCAUUGGACCUUAUUGCAGACUUAGGACUGGAUGAUUCUAAGUCUGCUGACAUACCUAUGGUGGUCAAUCAUAGGUUCACCAGUGCAGAAUUUGAUCACAGCUAUAAGACUGGGGGCAAUAAUGAUGAGUUGUUGUCUGAUCCUACUGGCUAUCAUAAACUGGUGAAGCUGGAGUUGCCUGUUACGCUAUAUUGUGAUAGCAAGGCAACACUUCAAAUUGCUGCUAAUCCUAUCUAUCAUGAACGAACAAAACACAUAGAAAUCGAUUUUCACUUCAUUAGGGAGAAGAUAUAA